AUGCUGAAUCAUCAGACAAUGAUGAUGUACAUAUUUGAAGAUUUGAAGGCCGAGUGUAUCAACAUACGAGAGGCACUAAAAGAAUGGGCAGUGACAUUUCAUAUAUGCCAUAAUGCAAUAAAAGCAUUACUGGAUAUUUUGAUUCUUUCAAAAAUACCAAAUAUGCCUCGAGAUCCGAGGACACUAUUGGAAACACCAAGAACAGUAGCUACUAUAAAGAUGGGAAGCGGACAAUAUUGGCACAAUGGACUAAAGACUUGUCUUGAAAAGUGUUUAUCUCAUGUAGAGAACCCGAUGGACAUUGCACUUAAUUUUAACAUCGAUGGAUUGCCAAUUCACAAUAGUUCAAAGAUGCAGUUCUGGCCAAUAUUGUUUUCGAUACAUGAUUCGAAUAUUGAACCUAUGAUUAUUGGAAUUUAUUGCGGAGAAAAUAAACCUCCAACUCCUGAUGAGUUUUUAACCUCUUUUGUCGAUGAAUUGUUAACCAUUUUAAAUAAUGGCAUUAUCGUCAAUGGAUAUAAAAUUAAUAUACAUAUUCGAUGCUUCAUAUGUGAUACUCCUGCCAGGUCUUUUAUUAAAGGUACUGUUAAUUUUAAUGGUUAUAGUUCGUGUCUAAAGUGUACGACUACAGGUGAAUAUUAUCAUAAAGAACAUCGAAUUAGUUUUCCACGCAUAGAUAUGCCUAGAAGAACUGAUGCAACUUUCCGCAACAGAACCGAUCCAGAUCAUCAUAAAAUGGAUACACCUUUGGAAAAACUUCCAAUUGACAUGAUAAAAGGUAUUCCAGUAUCCGAUUCAUUGCAUUUAUUAGACCUAGCCGGUCGUACUCAAAGUAUUUACAUGUAG